CCGGAAAAAAACCCUAGUUUCUCCUUCGAACCAGGCGGCAUCUCCCCUAUAAAUCUCCUUCUAUCCGUCUCUCUCACUCUUUUGUCAAAGUCCCCUUCCGUCUCUUGGUGUUGGAAUCCCUAGUUUCUCUCUCCGUCGCUUCGUUGCCAAUGGAGUUUUGGGGUGUUGAAGUCAAAGUUGGACAGCCUCUUAAAGUGAAACCUGAUAUAGGCAGAGUUAUACAUAUUUCUCAGGCUGCACUGGGCGAGGGAAAAAAGGCGAAGGGAAAUGAUCUCAUUCCUCUUCGUGUGAAUAUUAAUGGUGAAAAGUUUGUUGUAGGAUCACUUUCGGGGGAGAAUUUCCCUCAAGUUACCUUUGAUUUGGUGUUUGAGAAAGAAUUUGAGCUGUCACAUGACUGGAAAAAUGGAAGUGUCUACUUUUGUGGAUAUACAGCGGAUAAUCCUUUUCCUGAAGAAGAAGAUGAUUUUGAUUCAGAUUCGGACGAGGAAGCUAUUCCCCUAGUCACCACUGAGAAUGGCAAAGUUGAACCUAAAGUUGAAGCUUUGAAGCCUGCUACAAGUAAGGGCAAAAAUGCUAAACCUGAAUCUUCCACCAAGUCAAAGGUAACUGUUGUGGAGCCAAAGAAAGUCGAGUCUGAUGAAAAUGAAUCAGAUGAGGAUGAAGAUGAAUCAGAUGAUGACGAGGCCAUGAUGGAUGCUUCGGAUGACAUUGAUGACUCAGAGGAUGAAGACGAUUUGGAAGAUGAAGAGGACUCGGAAGAUGAAGAGACACCUAAGAAGGCCAAAGCCAGUAAGAAGAGACCGACUGAAUCUGCGACAAAAACACCUGUUCCUGCUAAGAAACCAAAAAUAGAUACACCUCAGAAGACAGAUGGUAAGAAGGGUGGUGGUGGACACACAGCCACUCCCCACCCUGCAAAGCAGGCGGCAAAAACUCCAGCAAACAGCAACAACAAGGGCAAGGAGCAGAGCCCCAAGUCUGAUGGAAAAGUUUCCUGCAAAUCCUGCAACAAAACAUUCAACUCAGAAGGUGCUCUGCAGUCUCAUACGAAGGCCAAGCAUGCUGGCAAGUAAAGACGGAAUCCAGCAGCACUUCUGGGCGUUAUUUUAAUGGUUGGAAGUUGAAUGGAAAACUGGAGGGCUUUUAUUAGGUUUUAUGUGCACAGGAAAAGAGAUGUGAGACCAGCUUCUGUUCGGUAUUUUUGAUGUUGGCUUGUGUUAUUUUUGGAUGUUAUAACUGUUACUGUUCGGUAGACCUCUGUCUGUGUUCGAUGCUAUGAUGAUGAUGAUGCUAUAUCCCAGUUUUGUCACCCCCUGGGAGCUUUUAUAAAAUGAUAAUAUUAUGAUC